ACAUUCAGUGUGAGAACUGAGCGAUGUGAGAAGUGUAGACGAAGAGAAUCAACCAAAUAUACUUCGUAAAACACGAACGUCGUAAUAUCGGUUUAAAACGUAUCAAUUCGGUCUGUAUAUUUCUUUGUUUCACUUUUUUUCCGUCAAACACAUUUACAAUGCGUGAACCGAUUCGACAUGUGAACGCCACCUAACGUCCAAUGUAAACACAACAAGCACAUUGUUUCACGUGAGCCGCAACGAGUCACAACAUAAUGACCAAUGUGACAUUGACGUUUCGAACAAAACGUGCUGCAAACGAUUAGAGUUUGUUUAUACACACAGUAGCCUUAUCACAGCAAAUGAUGCCGAUGCAAAUCGAUUGUGGAAAAUAAAAUGAAUUUCUAGUUUUUACGUGCAAAAAUUGUGAGCGUUUAUUGAUUGAAAAUAAAUCAAAGUAAAAAAUGAAUGCCGAACUUCUUAUCAAAGCCCGGAAAGUGUUAGUGAAGGAGCCCAUUGUUGAGUACUCGGAAACAUGUCCGUAUUGUGCUGCAAAUGGCAUAGACAACAAAUUGCGGUACUACUACAUCAGUUUGGAAGAGGCCAUUUACAAGUGUGCUGGUUCAUCGUGCUUGUACCCAUUCGAACGAUUUAUUUUCAAGAGUUUAAUCGACAAUUCCGUUUACUAUUACGAAGAGGUGUUUGAAGGUGGAAGAGAGGCAAUCUUUCGAGUCCCAUUGGAUGAUCAGCCCAUGUAUCAAUCGACAACUCCUCUCUCCACCAAGUUAUUCUGUGACAGCCAAAGAAAUCCGAACAUUGAAAGUUAUGAUUGUGAUUUAUCGGAUCUUCUAAAUGAUUUGGAACCAGCGCCUGAACCAGAGGAAGACAAACCACAGCCUGAAUCAAAUGCGGUCAAUCCGGACUUUUUUGAAUUUCUCGAUGACAUUAUGCCGGCCGAUUUCAACACCGAUAAGGUGCUCGACGAAAAUGGCGUCGAUGAUCUAAUCGAUAAUCUGCUCAAAGACUCGCCAGCCAAAAAUGUUACACCAGUAAAAUCCGUGAAAGCCGAGAGUGGCAAAAGGUCGAAAGCUGUUGCAAGCAAAGCAAAAUCCGAAGCGAAACUCUCGAAAUGCAUUCAACACAUCGAAAAAGCGAAAAGUACAAAAAGUCCGAAGACAAAGGAAAAAUCGACGGAAUCCUUUUCAGUGGCAAUUCGUAAGGCACGCAAGAGUCAAUCAAAGGUAAAAGUCGAAGAAUCGCCAGUAAAAACCGAACCUGAACCGGAACAAAAGCCAGUGAAAUUGAAACCACAACAAGCUUUAGCAACGAAAUCAUUUACUACCGCCUUAAAAUCGGCCAACAUACUGCGGCCCACUGCAUUGGCCAAGCAAUUGAGCUCCAUUGACUUCACCAAAAUCAACUCUGGCUUUUUGCGUCGAUACAUGAAGGCGAAAGAAGACAAAUUGUUCGAAGGUGAACCAAGCAAUUUUGAAAUGGGCAAUGAAAAUGGUGUGCCAAAGAGUUUGGAACGGACGGCACCCAAACAAAGUAAAACUGGUGCUAGAUGUGAAACGGUUACAAGUGCUUCUAUGGCUGAAAAUAUGACAGCAAAACCAAAAGUAGCGUCGUCGAAAAUGGAAAUCAAUAAAGAGCGCCCAACUGAAAUGACUAAAGGUGAAAAGAGUAGCGUGAAAAAAGGGAAAAAAGAGAAAGAGCUAUCAAAGUCAAAAGCCACCAAAAAAGACGCUAAAGCAGUUAAAGUGAAGGAAGAAAAGUCCAGAAAACAUUCAGAGCCAGGUAGUUUCGAAGCACCGAAGCAGGAACUGGCCAGAAAAACUAAGGUGAAAGAAGAAAAGCCACCAAGAAAACGUACGACGAGUAAAAAGAAAGAUACCGAACAGAAAAUGGCCGAUGGUGAAAUGAAGAGCGCCGAUGAAAAGGGUUCAGAGAAAGGGCCGGUGAAAAAGAAUGCUCAAAAGCACAUAACUUUAACGGUAACGAGUGAUAAUUCGACGACCGAAAGCAAAACAAAAAGCAAAAAACGUAGCUAUAUCAAGAAGCCAAAAGCAGAUGAUUCAACUGUGAUCGGUGAAGAUGGUGCCUCGAAGCCGAAGCGUAGACGAACCACAAAGUCAACGAAACAUGUGGAUGAAGACGAUAUUAUGUCACUGCCAAUUAUACUCGUUACUGAUACAGAAUCGGAAUCGAAAUCGAAAUCAACUGAAUUUGAACCAAUUCUGAAUCAAAAUUGCAAUCCGGCAGUCUUAUCUCAUGCAAACUCUGAAUCGAAUGUCAACUUUGCAACUGCAGAAAAUGGAAACUCGAAUCAAAAGUGCCUUAAAUCUGUUCAAUCAUUGAUCUCUGAUGACUCUGAAAGCUCACAACUGGAGUCAUUGCAUGGCUUUCCACCAAGUGUAGCAAAUGUGACAAGCCGAAUGAUCUCCGUUGAAAUGGCACCGGCGCCUGCCAUGGCAUCUCCUGCCCAAAAAUCGACGAAAAAGCGGCCAAUCUACAAACAUCCCAAAGCGGACAAAAUCAUAAAGGUUGAACCCGAAGAUGAUUCAAAUGAAAGUGGUUCGUCGAAACGAUCUCGGAAAACGUCUUCAAAGCCAAAGGCUGAAAAACUUCCGAAGCCCAAAAGAGCAUCAAAAUCUCAAAAAGAUAUUGCAUUAAAAACCAAAAGCAAAAUUGACUGGGUCGCUGAACUUCCAGAUUUAUCAGAUCCAAAUGAAGCGAAAGAAAAUUUGCAACAAGAAUUUGCUUUCGGUUUGUUAAUCGAAACAGAUAAUGCAAUUGAAUAUAAGCCAACGGUGCCUGAUGCGCCAAAUGAAGCCACCGCUGUUGCAACUGAAGCGGCUAAAGGAACAGAAGACAUUUUAGCAGAGGAAACAAAUCGAAUCGAGACUAAAGAAACGAAAGAAAUCGCGACGAAGGAAAUCUUUCUCGCGGCAUCGUUUGUGAAACAAGAAAAACCUCCGAAGUCCACGGGCGAAUUGCAACAACCGUACAUACGUAAAAUAAAAGUGAAAAGGGCAGAGGACAAAAAAUCCCAAAUUGACAAAAUUAUUGCAGAUUGGGACGACAGCGAGAGUGAACAAGCAAACGAUCAACAAAUGGCAACUGAAGGAGAUUCCAAUGUGGUUGAAGGCGAUGACAGUCAAGAAUUCGAUGAUGUUGCUUCAGUUAUAUCAAUUACAUCUGAAAAUUCAGACAGCGUUUCGGCAUUCGGUGGUGAUUUUGGCCAUUAAGAUUUGCCAUGAAAAACAGCAAAAUACACAUAAAUUACUCAUUUAAGCAGUUCAAUUGUGAUGCUAGUUUUAGUAUCGAAUUAAUUUCAAAAAUGAAAUAUUUACAUAUGAACUUUUUUACACGUUUAUUAACAGUAUAUUGAAGAUAUAAACAAUAACAAUUUUCAUUGUCAUUGGUUUUGAAAAAAAAGAAGCCAAAAUUGUCAUUUAUCUUAUUGUAAUACGAAAACUUUAUAUUUUUUGUUAUUGAAACGUUGUCAAUUGAUUUGAUAAAUUGAUUUGAAUAAAAUAAUCGAAUUGUUGGUCUCAUUCGCA